AUGAAACAUAAUUCAUUGCAAAAGAAGAGAAGUAGCCUUGCAAAACGUUUGAAAACUGCUUCUCCAAGUCGCAGAAGCAAACGCAUCGAAUCCAAGAACAAUUCGGUCAAAAAUCGAGCCGACGUGCUUCACGGAAGCAUUUUGUCCCACAUUUUAACCUUUUCUUAUAUUCGAGAUACUCCAAAUAUGGCAAGAACUUCUUCCACUUGGAAUGCUGCUCUGGAAGAUGCGUACGAAGAGAUUUGUCGUGAAACUGUUCAUUCCCGCUAUCCACGACUUCACGAGCUAAAGCUACUUGAGGAAGAUUGUCUCGCGGGAGGAAGUGGAACUGGUGCAUUUACCAUCUCGACUUAUAAGGACAUUUUAAAGCGCCGUGUGACCAUGCAAUACAAGCCUGUUGGUCUCAACCAGAAGCUUCAAAAGGAUUUUCACACCAUCUUUGCCCACAAGGGGAUCGUUGCCUUUUCCAAUUGUUGCAGUAUGUGCACUGAUAGCUACUAUGAAGAUGACCCAACGUUCCAACUUCGUAACGAAGAUGGAAUCCUAUGUUUCAAAGCCUUUCUCAAUGGCCGAAACUUCAAUCCUGGCAUGUGCAACGGUGUUGGUGUUUGCUAUGGCGCUCUAAAAUACAUUCACGACCAUUGGGAGGAGGAAUGCAAGCUUCUGGAUUUAUGGUGCCAUAUCGUUGGAUUAGCAAAGGACGACUAUUCUAUUGGAAAACCCGAAAGCAUUAACCGUGCUGUGAUAAUCAAUUUGAAGGCUGGUGUGAGUGUGGAGCUAGAGGAACCCUUUGAAUUUUUCAUUGCUGCCUCUCCAAUGGGGUGCACUAUUCAGUAA